AGAGGAGAGAACAGUGCGAAUUCAGGCUAUUCCUGUAGAGGACCGCUGGUUUGCGAACCUGGUUGCUGAAUCUCCAGGUAUGCCUCCCACUUUAACUCCUGAUAGACCCGUCGGAUUAAGGCGUUCUGGUCGCAAUAUGAAGGCUUCUCCUAACCUGAUUCGAGGUUCAUCUGUAGUCUCCAUUGAGGAUUCAGACCAGGAAUCGGAAACUUCGAAGGCGGGUGCAGGAGAUAACGCAGACGUCUUCACCCCUAUGCAGGUCGUCUUCCCGGUGGGUGAAGCUUCUCUGCCGGCCCCUAACAAGUGCCCACCCGUGUCUACUGCGGCGACGUCUUCUUCCAGCUCCCGUUUGGCUCCAUCUGCUCACGAAUUGCUUGCUCUGGCCUCCAAGAAGAAAAGAGCCUCUCCCAGAUUGGCUUCCACUCCUCAAAAGCUCCCCAAGUUGUCCGUCGUGAUCGAAACCAAACCAAACUUACCUCGUCCCUAUGAGGUCAAAACUGUUCCGGCCCUCAAGCCACUGGAUGUGAAGAUGUCACUUUCCCCUGACUUUUGCAGUCUACGAGACGUAUCCCUGAUGAGAGGAGAAGUACACAAGCUCAUGCUUCCUUCCUCUCCAGAUGUUUUCAAAGGCUUGCCCCCAGCUGGAUUACUGUCUGCAUCCUCGGCCUAUGCUUUUCAGGUAAACCUAGCUUUUCUUAGUUCCUAUUUUGUAAGCAGUCUCCUGAUGUGAUGGUGUGAUCUUGUCAGAGCUUGCAAGCUGGGUUGGUUGCUGCCGAGAAAGUGGCUUUGCUGGAGAAAGCUCUUGACGAGUCUAAGCGUAAUGAAUCACUCUCUCGCACUCUUGCGGAAGACAGUGCCAAGUUAGCUCAGGAUUUGCAAAAGGAAGUGACAGCUCAAUCUGCUCAAAUCUCAAGGCUUGUCGACAGGAUUAAAGUGCUGGAAGCUUAUGGUCGGAGAAAGAAGCAGGAAGUCACCGACGCAGCUUGCUACUACGUCUGGCAAACGAGGGGAGAACUUAUGGCUUCCUUUCUUGCGGGUGAGUCGUCUGGCUGGAAUGCUGAGGAGGAUAUUGCAACUUGGAAAAAGGUUCAAGAGGACAUGGAUCCUCCCAUUGCUGACGACGGCUUCGACGUAGGACAGUCUGAUGGCGAGGCUGACUCCCAACAUGCUUAGGUUGCUCUGUACCUUCUAAUACUUUUGCU